AGAGAAGAAGGUGCUCUUUUUCCUCAGGUAAUACGCGCCUGCCGUUCACCUGGGCAGAAAGAGAGAGAGUCGCGUUCUUCAGUCUCGUAGCGGCGGGCCGGAGGGAAGGAACUCCGUGACCCUGAGGACGAUUCUCGGAUUUUUUCUUCGUUUCCUUCUCGUUCCGUUCUCUUCCUCGGACGCGUCUCACGCCGCGAUUCCGCCGCAAUUAUUCAACGCGAUACUACGGCGGCGGCGCCUAUCUUCUCCCUCGCGUUCUCUUUCGCGUCGUCCCCUUUCGCGUCCGUUCGUUCGAACGUUCGUAUCGUAAUCAGCCAGUUAUUUGCCGGUGUUUCGUUUCGUUGUGGUGAAGUGAAAUUAUCAUCGACGCGGAUUGUGUCGGGCGCUGAGAUCACCUCAGCGGUGUACAUGUACUCCUGGACACCAGGAUCGCGCUGUAGAACGUAGGAGAAACGAACCUUUCUGGCGCGGUUCUGGGCGCCAAAUCUGGAAACGACUCUGGUCACAUCAUCGUGCCAUCGCAUCGUGCGAAUCGCGCUUCCUCGACAUUGGCUCAAAACUCGCGUGACAUCGCCCCGUUUAUCGGCUUACUUUAUCGGAAAUAUGCUGAUAAGAGAAUUGGCGGCCGUUUGGGUCGCCGUCCUCUUGUGCCAUCUUCAGCUAACGGAGUCUCAGGUUCCCGCUACAAAUGUCUUCACCUGUCCAAGCGGAUGGGAGCUGCGAGGCAUACACUGUUAUAAAUUCUUCGCCAUCUUGCACUCCUGGGAAAAAGCGGCGGAAUUAUGCAGGAGGUACGGCGGCGAGUUGAUGGUGGUGGAGUCUUACAGCGAAAACAACAUGUCAGCCAAUAUGGUUCCUUCAAAAUUGAAGCACUAUUGGCUGGGUCUCGCUUCUCUCGACGAUUUACGGACCAACACACUCGAGUCCGCCGCAGGGAUGCUCGUCUCGCAAUACGCCGGUUUCUGGGCGCCGAGGCAACCGAACCCACAAUCAGGCGAGUGCGUAGAUGUCGCCUUGACGGACGACCGACAAACGUGGGAACUGACCACGUGCGAGUCGCUGCUACCUUUCAUGUGUCGUAGCACGGCCUGCCCUUCUGGCUCGUUCCACUGUUCGAACGGCAAGUGCAUCAACGCAGCGUUCAAGUGCGACAAGCAGGAUGACUGUGGCGAUUACUCCGACGAAAUGGACUGCCCGGCCAACUGCCACUAUUACAUGGUGAGCAGCGGCGACGUUGUGGAGAGCCCGAAUUUCCCGCAUAAGUACGCACCCCUUAGCAACUGCAAGUGGACGCUGGAGGGCCCUCAAGGGCACAAUAUCCUUCUGCAGUUUCAAGAAUUCGAGACGGAGAAGAGCUUCGACAUAGUGCAGAUUCUCGUGGGCGGUAGAACCGAGGACAAGUCGGUGAAUCUCGCGACUCUAUCCGGCAAGCAGGAACUCAGCAACAAACACUUUGUCUCGGCUUCCAACUUCAUGAUCGUAAAGUUCAGCACCGACGCAUCGGUGGAGAAGAAAGGUUUUCGCGCUUCAUGGAAGACCGAGGCGCAAAAGUGUGGCGGGAGCCUUCAGGCGACGCCGCAAGGACAGGUGCUCACGUCCCCUGGCUACCCGCAGAAUUAUCCGGGUGGGCUGGAGUGCCUGUACAUUAUUCGAGCUCAACCGGGACGCAUAAUGUCCUUGGAGAUCGAGGACUUGGAGCUCGAAACGAACCGAGACUACAUUUUAAUCAGAGACGGAGACUCACCCAUGAGCCGACCGAUCGCGCGUCUUACGGGAAAAUCGGGCGACAAUCCCACGGUGAUCAUGUCCACUGGAAGCGACUUGUAUCUCUACUUCAAAACGAGUCUCGGCGAUUCCAUGCGAGGAUUCAGCAUACGCUAUACGCAGGGUUGCAAAGCUACGAUUAUCGCGAGAAACGGCACAGUUCAGUCGCCUUCCUACAAUCUCAACGAAUAUCCGAAUAAUCAAGAGUGCCUGUACAGGAUCAAGAAUCCGGACAGAGGACCGUUGUCUCUGAGAUUUGUCAACUUUAACGUUCAUCAGACUGACUACGUGCAGAUAUACGACGGCUCAAACACGAACGAUCUCGGCUUGCACCCCGGCAACGGUUUCACUUGGAGCGCUCAACCAAAAAUCACGCUCACCGCUGAAAGCGGAGAGAUGCUCGUUAGGUUCGUGUCCGACGCUUUACACAGCAGCGCAGGCUGGCAAGCUCAGUUCUCGGCCGAUUGCCCGAAAUUGAAACCCGGCGGAGAUGCUUUAGCGUCGAGUCGGGACACAGCCUUCGGCACGGCCGUUACGUUCUCGUGCCCGUUAGGACAGGAGUUCGCCACGGGAAAAUCGAGAAUCUCUACAGAGUGUCUCCCUGGAGGUAACUGGUCCGUUACGUACAUUCCGAAAUGUCAGGAGGUAUAUUGCGGCCCCGUGCCUCAGAUUGACAAUGGAUUUUCGAUCGGCUCCUCGAACGUUACUUAUCGCGGACUGGCGACCUAUCAGUGUUACGCGGGAUUCGCCUUUCCUUCGGGAAGACCGACGGAGAAGAUCUCGUGCUUGGCUGAUGGUAGAUGGGAAAAGAAACCGUCCUGUUUAGCGUCUCAGUGCGCACCGCUCCCAGAGGCACCACACUCCAACAUAACCAUCUUGAACGGAGGUGGUCGGAGUUACGGCACGAUCGUUAGAUUCGAAUGCGAGCCCGGAUACGUACGAAACGGACACCCCGUCAUUCUUUGCAUGAGUGACGGCACCUGGUCCGACCAAGUGCCAACAUGUUCGCGUGCCAAGUGUACGCUGCUGCCCACGAUUAAGAAUGGAUUUAUCCUCGAUACCGGCAGAGAUUAUUACUUUGGUGACGAGGCUAGAGUGCAGUGUAACAGAGGCUACAAGCUGACCGGAUUGAACAUUAUACAAUGCGGUCCUCAUCGGUACUUCGAUAACGUGCCAACUUGCGAAGAUAUAAACGAGUGCGCGUCUACUCAGUGCGAUUUGGCAUCCACAGAGUGUAUAAACUAUCCUGGCGCGUUUACCUGCAAGUGUAAGCCCGGCUUCGCUGUUACCACCGAGUGUCGAUCCAUCGGCGACCUCGGUCUCAUCAACGGCGGCAUUCCCGACGAAUCGAUCACGGUCUCGGGCUCGGACAAUGGCUACAGCAAAACCGGAAUUCGCUUGAGCAGCAGCGAUGGCUGGUGCGGCAGUAGGAGCAAGGAGCCGGGUGGCGCAAACUGGGUGAUGAUCGACAUGAAAGCCCCGACGAUCCUUCGCGGCUUCCGCACGCAUGUCGUAGUCAGGAAUGGCACCGUCGCCUAUGCGUCCGCGGUGCGGAUUCAGUACACCGAUGAACUGACGGACGUUUUCAAGGACUACACCAAUCCGGACGGUACGCCGGUCGAGUUCAGGAUCGUGGAACCGACGCUUUCCGUGCUGAACCUACCGGUGCCUAUCGAGGCGCGCUACGUGAAAUUCAGAAUACAGAGCUACGACAAGAAACCUUGCAUGAAGUUGGAGAUAAUGGGUUGCACUAGACUCGAGUGCGUAGAUAUCAACGAGUGCGCGAUAAAGAACGGGGGUUGUCAUCAAAAGUGCGUCAACAGUCCCGGCAGUUAUUCCUGCAUGUGCAACACCGGCUUCGAGCUGUACAGAGGCAACGGCACGGCUGGUUACAAUUUGGCGAAGUCGGAGACUGGCGAAAAGGACGGCGAUCUGUAUCAGAGAAACAAGACGUGCGUAGCGGUGAUGUGCCCGCCACUGACGGCGCCGGAAAAUGGAAAGUUACUGUCGACUAAGAAGCAGCAUCACUACAUCGAUAUCGUCAGAUUCCAGUGCAAUUUUGGUUACGUACUAUCCGGCUCCGCGGCUGUGAUGUGCACUUCUUCCGGUGCUUGGAACGGAACCGUACCCGAAUGUCAAUACGCGAAGUGUGUCUCGCUACCGGACGACAAGAACGAGGGUCUUUCCGUGAAUCGGACCGACAAGAGCAGCGUGCUGGUGCCGUUCAAGCAGAACGUCACUCUCGAGUGCAGCAGCGACGGUCGUUACUUACGCAGUACCGUGACCUCCGCUUUCCGACAGUGCGUGUACGAUCCAAAGUCCGGCUUUCCCGAUUACUGGCUGUCCGGUUUGCAGCCAGCCUGCCCUCGGGUGGACUGCGGGAGGCCUCUUCCCACGCCUGGCGCCGAGUACGGCCAAUAUCCGGACACCAAGUACAAGUCCUCCUUCUUCUUCGGCUGUCAGGACACAUUCAAGCUGGCCGGUCAGACCAAACGUCACGACAAUGUCGUGCGAUGCCAGCAGGACGGUGUAUGGGACUUUGGCAAUCUGCGAUGCGAAGGUCCGGUCUGCGAGGAUCCCGGAAGACCGAGCGAUGGUUAUCAGGAGGCGCGGAGCUACGAACAGGGCUCGGAGAUUCGGUUCGGUUGCGCGAGACCGGGCUACAUCCUCAUCAAUCCGCGACCGAUCGUCUGCAUCCGCGAGCCUGAGUGCAAGGUCGUGAGACCUCUCGGUCUGACUUCCGGGCGAAUCCCAGACUCGGCGAUAAACGCCACUUCCGAGAGGCCCAACUACGAGGCCAGGAACAUCCGUUUGAACUCGGUGACCGGCUGGUGCGGCAAGCAGCACCCGUUCACUUAUGUGAGCGUCGACCUUGGCCGCGUGCAUCGCGUCAAAGCGAUGCUCGUCAAGGGCGUCGUCACCAACAACGUCGUCGGCAGACCGGCAGAGAUCCGUUUGUUUUACAAGCAGGCGGAGGAGGAGAAUUACGUCGUUUACUAUCCGAACUUUACUCUGACGGUGCGCGAUCCCGGGAAUUACGGCGAGCUGGCGAUGAUCACGCUACCCAAGUACGUGCAGGCUCGCUUCGUUGUCAUCGGUAUUGUCACUUUCAUCAAGAACCCCUGCAUGAAACUCGAGCUGAUGGGAUGCGAGGAGCCGUCGGCGGAACCGUUGUUGGGUUACGACUACGGAUUCUCGCCCUGCGUGGACAACGAGCCGCCGGUCUUCCAGAACUGCCCGCAGCAGCCUAUAGUUGUGCAGAAGAGAGCCGACGGAGGCUUGCUUCCGGUCAACUUUACCGUGCCAACGGCCGUCGACAACAGCGGUAGUAUCGCCCGUUUCGAGGUAAUACCCGAGGGUUUCAAGACCCCGAUUCAAGUCCUCAAGGAUAUCGUCGUGAAAUACCUGGCCUUUGACUACGACGGCAACGUUGCUAUUUGCGAGAUCAACAUCACCGUGCCGGAUGUGACUCCACCGCGACUGAGCUGCCCGCAGAGCUAUGUCAUCGAGCUGAUCGACCGACAAGAGAGUUACCCCAUCAACUUCAACGAAACGCGAAGGCUCAUCAACGCUACGGACGCAUCCGAUCCCGUGAAAAUCACCUUCGAUCCGCAACACGCGCUCAUCAAGAUCGGCGAGUACAAGAACGUCACGGUGUACGCGACAGAUCCGAGCGGCAACACGGCCGAGUGCCACUUUCAAGUGUUGGUUCAGGCGACACCCUGCGUCGACUGGGAGCUAAAGCCGCCGGCGAAUGGUGACUUAAAAUGCGCCCCCGGAGACAAGGGAUUGCUGCAGUGCAAUGCGACCUGCAGGGCUGAGUAUAAAUUCACCGAUGGCUCGCUCGCCAAGACGUUCGGUUGCGUCGGUAAGCGCUGGACGCCCACGUCGGUGGUUCCCGACUGCGUGUCUGAGAACACGCAACAGGCAAAUUAUCACGUGAUCGCCUCGAUAAACUAUCGUGCGAAUGGCGCUGUUUCACGUUCCUGCUUACCGAUGUAUCAGGAUCUUAUGGCUCAACAUUAUAUAAACCUGAGCACCGUCUUGACGAAGCGUUGCACUCUGGUCAAUGUGUUUAACGUAUCCUUCGUACAGUCGAUGCCUUUCUUGGUCGAAGAGAACGUUCUCAAGAUGGAUUUCGUUCUGCUAGUCGUUUCCACGGAACGUCAAUCCUUGGAACUUUACGAACACUGCGGCAACACGUUGAAUAUCAUCUUUAAUUUGAAUCUUGCAAACAACACCGCGCAUAUCGAACCCCUGUUGAACGUUUCCGCGAUCGGCAAUCAAUGCCCGCCCCUUCGUGCUCUCAAAUCGUCCGUCACCAGAGGCUUCACGUGUAGCAUCGGCGAGGUACUGAACACAGACACCAAUGACGUUCCUCGCUGUCUACACUGUCCCGCCGGGACGUUCGCCGGUGAGAAGCAGGAGCAGUGCAAGCCUUGCCCGAAAGGUCUCUACCAGAACAACGACCGUCAAGGCUCUUGCAUACAGUGUCCGGCCGGCACUUACACCAAGGAGGAAGGCACAAAGAACAUGGAAGACUGCAUACCGGUCUGCGGCUACGGCACGUACUCACCCACCGGCCUCGUGCCCUGCCUGGAGUGCCCGAGGAACAGUUACACCGGCGAGCCGCCGAUCGGAGGUUGCAAGGACUGCCAGACCUGUCCAGCCGGCACGUUCACCUAUCAGCCAGCGGCGUCCGGUCGCGACCACUGCCGCGCCAAGUGUUCGCCGGGCAUGUACUCCGACACCGGUCUAGCGCCUUGCGCCCAGUGCCCGAAGGACUUCUUCCAGCCUCAAUACGGCGCGACCACUUGCGAGGAGUGUCUCGACUACAUGUACACGGAAGGACCGGGCUCGGUGGACCGCAAAGAGUGCAAGCUCGUCCAGUGCACCGACGGCGUGUGCCAACAUGGCGGUCUCUGCUCGCCGCUGGUACACGACAUGUAUUGCUACUGUCCGGCCGGCUUCUCCGGGAGACGCUGCGAAAUCGACAUUGACGAGUGCGCGUCUCAGCCAUGCUACAACGACGCUACGUGCGUCGACCUGCCGCAGGGCUACCGUUGCCAGUGCGCCAACGGUUAUUCCGGCAUCAAUUGUCAGGAAGAGAAGUCGGAUUGCGCCAACGACACCUGCCCGGAGAGAGCCAUGUGCAAGGACGAGCCUGGCUUGAACAAUUACACCUGUCUCUGCCGAUCCGGAUACGCCGGCUCCAACUGCGACACAACGAUAAAUCCUUGUACGGGCAGCGAAAAUCCUUGCAGCAACGGUGCAACCUGCAUGGCUCUCGAACAAGGCCGCUACAAGUGCAAGUGCCCGCCGGGAUGGGAAGGCCAGAGCUGCGAGAUCAACAUCGACGACUGCGCCGAGAGACCCUGUCUGCUCAACGCGACCUGCACUGAUCUGAUCAAUGACUUCUCUUGCAACUGCCCACCCGGUUUUACCGGCAAACGCUGCCACGAAAAGAUUGACCUUUGUUCCGGCAGUCCCUGCCUAAACGGCAUCUGCGUGGACAAUUUGUUCAAGCACGAGUGUAUCUGCUAUCCGGGAUGGUUCGGGCCGGCCUGCGAGAACAACGUCAACGAGUGCGCGUCUAAACCCUGCCGAAACAACGGUCAGUGCAUCGACCUUGUCGACGACUACACCUGUACAUGCGAGCCCGGCUACACCGGCAAGCAGUGUCAGCACACUGUCGACGAUUGCGCGUCCGAUCCGUGCCAAAACGGCGCCACGUGUGUCGACCAGCUCGAGGGAUUCGUCUGCAAGUGUAGACCCGGCUACGUUGGCCUGCAAUGCGAAGCGGAGAUCGACGAGUGUCUGAGCGAUCCCUGCGAUUCGAUUGGCACGGAACGUUGCAUGGAUCUCGACAACGCCUUUGUUUGCCACUGUCACGAGGGCUACACCGGCGUGUUUUGCGAGAUCAACGUGAACGACUGCGCUUCCGAUCCGUGCUUCAAUGGCGCAACGUGCCGAGACGAGGUCGCCGGCUUCAAGUGUACGUGCGCGAGCGGAUGGACCGGUGUCUACUGUCAGACAGAUAUUGGCACGUGCCAGAAUCAACCUUGUCAGAACGACGCCGCUUGUGUGGAUCUGUUUCUAGAUUACUUCUGCGUAUGCCCAUCUGGAACCGAUGGCAAACAAUGCGAAACCGCACCUGAACGUUGCAUCGGAAAUCCGUGUAUGCACCACGGUCGUUGUCAAGAUUUUGGCUCGGGCUUAAACUGCACUUGCCCGGAAGAUUACAUGGGUAUCGGUUGCCAGUACGAAUACGACGCCUGCCAGGCAGGCGCUUGCAAGAACGGCGCUACUUGCGUCGACGAAGGACCCGGUUUCACCUGUGUAUGUCCUCCCGGAUAUACAGGCCGUACUUGCGAGGAGGAUAUAAUCGACUGUAAGGAGAACUCUUGUCCGCCGUCGGCAACCUGCAUUGAUCUCACCGGCAAGUUUUUCUGCCAGUGCCCGUUUAACUUGACCGGCGACGAUUGCAGAAAAACUAUUCAGGUAGAUUACGACUUGUACUUUAGCGAUCCAGGACGCAGCAGCGCGUCGCAGGCCAUUCCAUUCUUCACUAGUUCGACAAAGAGUCUGACGGUCGCUAUGUGGGUACAAUUCACACUGAGAGACGACAGCGGAAUUUUCUUCACCCUUUACGGCGUCAGUUCGCCACACGUACCGACGAAUCGCAGACUCAUGAUUCAAGCGCACAGUAACGGAGUCCAGAUAUCCUUGUUCCGCGACUUGCAAGACGUUCAUCUAUCGUUUGGAGAAUACGCGACCGUAAACGACGGACAGUGGCAUCACGUCGCAAUUGUAUGGAACGGAGAAAACGGCGGAGAACUCACCCUAAUCACGGAAGGUCUCAUCGCCCAAAGGAUCAAGGGCUACGGCAGCGGUAGAUCCCUCCCAGCUUACGCGUGGGCGGUGUUGGGGAAUCCACAGAGCGACAACACGAAGGGUUACACAGAGUCCGGCUUCCAAGGCCAUCUGACCAAGGUGCAAGUCUGGGGCAGAGCGUUGCACGUGACCAACGAAAUUCAAAAACAAGUGCGCGACUGCCGAACGGAACCGGUUCUUUAUCAAGGUCUCAUACUGACAUGGGCUGGAUACGACGAAACUGUGGGCGGUGUCGAGAGAGUUGUGCCGUCGCACUGCGGACACAGGGUUUGCCCGCUCGGUUACGGCGGUAACAAGUGCCAACAACUCGAGGCUGACAAAAUCCCGCCCAAAGUGGAGAACUGUCCGGGUGAUCUGUGGGUGAUCGCCAAGAACGGCUCAUCUAUCGUAACUUGGGACGAGCCGCGUUUCAGCGACAAUGUCGAUGUCGUAAAAGUGCAGGAGAAGAAUGGACACCGGUCUGGACAGACUUUGCUCUGGGGCACUUACGACAUUAGCUACGUGGCCUACGAUCAGGCUGGAAAUUCGGCUAGUUGCAAUUUCAAGGUUUACGUGCUGUGUAAGUAAAUCU